AUGGCAGCAUCAUUCUCCUCCACCGUCUGCAGGAUCCUCGUCGUCGUCGCGGUCAUCGUCGCUACCCUUUCAUCCUAUGGGGCGGCCAAGAACGUCUGCAUCCUACCGUGCGAUAAGAUGGUCCCGGACUGCGACUCCUGGUGCAGGGAUCCGGGGCUCUUCGGCAACGGCGGAAAUUGCUACGGCGGAACCUGCUGCUGCCAUCCGGCGGAGUAG